AUGACUACUAUUGAAAAUCUGUCGGCUAUUUUACAAAGUUUGCCUAAUUCCGGUGAUACCAUCCUGACGUUGGCCGAGUUAGAUGCGGCCCUAACUGCUAUAUCACCAUCUGCGCUGGCUUCAUUUGUUCCCCAAUUGAAAUUUGAUAAUUUAUUUCGAUGUCUGUACAGUAGUAAUGGUAACCAGCUAGAAUGUUGUUGCAAUGUGCUGUGCAAGCUGUUGACAGCAGUCAGUCCUGCAGUUAUCCUUGGAAAUUUCAACCAACAGCUGGUUGAGGGAUUGAAGUCUGGCAAUGUUCACAUUAAAAACUUGUCGCUUCAUCAGGUAUCUAUUAUUUCAUUUGCCAAGGACAGUGGACAACACUUCAGUAACUAUGGAGAGAUCAUUCGGCUGACCAUAGAACAACUUCAGUCGGAUUUGCCUGGAGUAGCUGCCACUACUCACAACAUUCUCAUUAAAAUUGGAGAAACAAGUGAAGGAGCAUUUUUAUUGCUGAGUACUGAAUGCCUCAAGUUGUUCACAGAUGUGGCCUGCUCGAAGGACAUUGUCAAAUUUAGAGUUUACGAAGUUAUAGUAGAGAUAGCCACAAACACACCAGAAUCUCUAUACUAUUUGAUAAGCCAGGGUGACAGUGAAUUGAACUUCAUAAGCAAAUUAGUAAAGGAAAUAUUUGAAAAUGAUGGAGACAUCCUAUCUCAACUGAACGCCAUUGAAAUUGCCAGCAAGUUUGCAAUGAGUAGACAUGGAUUCGCUUAUUUGGAAAGUUUGAAUGUUGAUGAAAGGCUACAAAACUUGCUGCAGAAGUCAUCAGAUGACCCCUUCGGUGGAUUGCUGUUGCCUGGUCUGAUAAAGUUUUUCGGAAGCUUGUGUUACAUCCAGCCGUCAUUUGUUAAUUCGAAAUAUCAAAAAUUCACUGAAGUUGUACUUGAAUCUCUGAGAUCUCGAGACAGCAGCUUACUUCUUAUUGCAGUUCAGACCAUCGGUCUUAUUGGGUCGUCUGUCGCUGGCAAACUUGCUCUCAGGCAAACAGAAGAACAACAGUCGGAAGUUCUUUCUCUUGUACACAGUUGGUUCUAUAAAGUUUCUUCUAAAGACCUUGUUUCUCAGCUGGUCGCGAUAAGUUCACAACCUAUAUUAGCCUUAAAAAUUGCCGCUUUUUCCGUUUUAAAAGCGUUGGCCAAUUUAAUGUGGGGACAAAAAGCGCUGAAAAAUUGUGCCUCGUUUGAAGAGUAUUUGUUGAAUAGAAGGACAGAAACAACGAAGGAAGGCUUGGAUAUAAAGUAUGAAAUUGUUCAAACACUCACUAAAUCUGGGACUGCUGCAAGUAUUUUUGGAGAUAGUUAUUGGCUAAGGUUGUUAAAUUAUGAAAGAGAUGGCAGGUUUUACGUUUCAUCUGAGAAUGUUGUGGCAUUUGAAGGAGACAACUGA